AUGACCGACAACUACCCAACUGGAGGACAUACGGCUCCAACUGUUGCUCUGUCCAACAACUACCCAACUGGAGGACAUACGGCUCCAACUGUUGCUCUGUCCAACAACUACCCAACUGGAGGACAUACGGCUCCAACUGUUGCUCCGUCCAACAACUACCCAACUGGAGGACAUACGGCUCCAACUGUUGCUCCGUCCAACAACUACCCAACUGGAGGACAUACGGCUCCAACUGUUGCUCCGUCCAACAACUACCCAACUGGAGGACAUACGGCUCCAACUGUUGCUCUGUCCAACAACUACCCAACUGGAGGACAUACGGCUCCAACUGUUGCUCCGUCCAACAACUACCCAACUGGAGGACAUACGGCUCCAACUGUUGCUCCGUCCAACAACUACCCAACUGGAGGACAUACGGCUCCAACUGUUGCUCAUUCCUCUAGAAACGAUCCGAAUUCAAAAAAAAGAAGAAAGAUCCAUUGGUGCCACCGUUGUGGUAAUACACUGUUCAGCAAGGAUAGCCUCAAACGCCAUUGCAUGGAGCAUAAACAUAUGACAGAGGAGGAUCGUUUCGAUUUGUACGAAACAAGCGUGAAGAUGUCGGAGGAGAGACGCUCAAACAAUUAUUGA